CUGCAGGUGUUUGCAUCACAAAUCGCGCUGCAGGGCCACUCGCAGGUGCAUUCAUCUCGAACAUACCACUGCGACUUCUGCCCACUAUCAUUCGCAUCGCGCUCCCGCUUCGAAACUCAUCGAAAGAAGCAUUUUACCGAAAAAAAUUUCAAAUGCCAGAUCUGCGACGCGAAGUUCUCAAGGUGGGUACAUGAGUAAAU